AUGUUCCCUUCCUCUUACAAUUCUGGCCCUUAUCCUUACUUCCCUUCAUCUUCUUCUUCUUCUUCAUACCCUCAUUUUCCUUUCCUUAACCCUGAAAAUGGUUCUACAAGUAACACUUUCCUUCAUGAUCCACUUUCUGUUCCUUAUAUACCAACCCAUAACAAUCAUAUCCCAGAAACACUGACCAAUUUGGCAAUUGCAGAUAAUUGUGGUGGUGGCGGUGGCGGUGGUGGUUCUGCAAUGCUCAAACAGGAUCUUAAUGGUUCUCACUAUGGAAUUUCCUGUUUGCUCACAAAGAAACCAGUGAAGAAAGAUAGGCACAGCAAGAUUUACACCUCUCAGGGUUUGAGAGACCGAAGGGUGAGGUUGUCCAUUGAGAUUGCUCGCAAGUUUUUUGAUCUUCAAGACAUGUUAGGGUUUGACAAAGCAAGCAAUACCCUCGAAUGGCUCUUCAACAAGUCCAAGAAAGCAAUUAAGGAGCUAGCAAGGAGCAAGAACAGCAACAGUGAAGGUGCUAAUAAGAGCUUCUCCUCAUCUUCUGAUUGUGAAGACUGUGAAGUGGUUUCUGGGAUCAAGCAACAACAUGAUCAUACUCCAAACCUAGAAGGGUUAGAUUCAUAUGAUCACAAGUCAUUGAUGGGUGGAAGUGAUGCUAGUAAAGAGAGGAAGAUGAAAAGGGCACAGAAGGAACCUGCUUAUUGUGUUAAGGCAAAGAUGAAGGAAUCAAGGGAAAAAGCAAGAGCAAGAGCAAGGGAAAGGACUAGUAACAAGAUGUGCAACACUACUACCACCAUUGGAGGAAGGGUGCAAGACUUGAAGAAAAAGUGCCCUGCAACUGAAAACCUUCAAAUCAUGCACCAAUCUCCUCUGGGUAGUGAAGCACCAAGAGAUGACUUCAAUGUUAUUGAGGAAUCCAUUGUGAUCAAGAGAAAGUUGAAACCCUCAUUAAUGUCUUCUCAUCAUCACCAAAACCUUAUGAUCCCUAAGGAAACAAGUUUCAACAACAACACUAAUGACUACCACUCCUUCCCUAAUUUGUCUCCAAAUUGGGAUGCUAAUGGUGCCACCUCUGGCCGCUCCAACUUUUGUGCCAUAGCCACAAUGAACCUCUCCACAGGGCUCCAAAUCUUUGGAAAGUCUUGGGAGGAGUGCACCAAUCCACGUCUACAUUAGUAUGUUAGUUUUCAGUAUCAUCUGAUCUGAAUGAACUCUCUUGUGCUUUGCCAAGGAAGCAUGAAGGCAUCUUUCU